UUGUUGCAGGUGGUAAUGAAGGAUAUAAUACCGACUUGUAUUGUAUUUCUGACGGACAUGAUCAAAACGCAUCAUUCCAUUCCGUAUCUAAAUUCGGAUCAAUGUAUGCUUCGCCCCGGCCAAAAAGAACACGGCUCCUACGGCAUAAUCUUCUCGAGGACACCCGGCUUUCUAUGCGAUAAUUUACUAAUUUGCUAUCCAAGCCAAUUAGUUGGAAAUAACACAUCGAAUGGUCUUAUUGCCUCAAUUCCCCAUCGACUUCGUGAAGCUAACCCUGUAAGUAUAUGA